AUGCAGGCCCCUAGUGCUACUGGUGCUGACGGCGUCGGUUUUGGCAGACAUGCUGAGAUGACCUACAUCGAGCUAUGGGAGAAGGAACCCAAGUAUUGCCAGUGGGUUAUCAAGGCUGUACAGGACCAAGAGCCGGGUACGCCAGGGGAGGAGCCAAGUCCCAUGGAACGGUUGGGGAAGUGGCUAAGGGAGAGAGAAGCCCAAGCCGAAAGCACUGGACCGGCUUACGAGUACAACGAGGACAUGCAGCUGGUCGAGGUGCCGGGAAGCCGCUCGUUGAAAGAACGAGCCGGCAUCACCGUCAAGUUCUACGGCGUGGCUGCUCCCAUAAAGCGAAUUUGCACGAGCUGGGAGGAGUGCAAGCCGCAUGUACAUGGCGUCAAGGGGGUCAUGUACCGCAGCUUCGCCACACGCGAAGAGGCUGAAGCGUAUGUCAACAAUCCGCCGGCUCGGGCAGUGAAGCAACCCAAGCAGUCCCAGAAAAAGUCUGCGAGGACUUCUGAUGGCUCCGAAGACAAGGGUGAGACUGUGGAGACUUCCAAGAAGAGCCGAAAAGUCAAGAAACCCAGCAAGGACCCAGCUGAGAAGCCUGAAGAUGCAGUGGAAGAAGACACAAAGGUAGAGGCAAAGAGCCCAAAGGGAAAGGCGAGAAAGGGAACGAAGAAGAACCAGCCCGACAAUGAGGAGCCUGCUGAGCCAGCCCGCAAGCGUCAACGGAAGGAGAAGGGCGAAGAUGCUGCAAAGGGAGCUGCUCCGAAGAAGUCCAUGCUGGCUAAAGCGAAAGCAAAGGCUAAAGCCAAAGCUAAAGCGAAAGCGAAGGCCAAAGCAGUCGCCAAGGCCAAGGCACGACAGGCGAAAGCCAAAGCAAAGCCACCAGCGGCCACCGAGGAGGAGAAGUCACCCAAGGCAGCAGACAAGCUUUCGUCGCUUCCAGAAGUGAGCCCAGAGGUACUCAAACUGGCGGAAGAAGUUGGAUUGUCGACAGCGCUUCGCAAUCUUCGCCUACGUCCCGAGAUCGCUGCUCUCAACGUGGAUGCGCAGAUCCUCUUGAACACUCUGCGUGAGUGCGACGGGCUCGUCAACAAGGCCAAGUGCCGCAUUCUGGAGACUGGUGCUGGUGGUCCGUCAACUCCACCCAAAAGCCAGAGGACGGAGGAGCCGAUCACUCCGGAGAAGUGUGAGGCUCCUCCACCAGUCGCCGAGGAUGUGCCGAUGAAGGGAGAGGUCGAGCAGAAGCCUGUGGACAGACCCGUGGUGCAGUUGUCCGCACAGGACAGCUUGAAAGUCACAGAGACGAAGCCAACCGAGGACGACAACAACCAGGAAGCAGAAGCCGCCGUCCACGUGGCGCCAGCCUGUCCCAACUGUGGUAAAGUUUAUGAUGCGCAUGACACGAGCUUCUGUCGGGGCUGCGGCCUAGCCCGAGACAUGAAUGAGAUGACGGAGGCUUCGUCGACCCAGGCAGCCCGCCUGAUCCCAGCAGGCCGCAGCAUCACCGUCGAAGCCAUGCGCCUCAACUCGCCCCUGAAGGAGAUGGACCCAGAGGUUCACGGCAUCAUCGAGUCCGAAAAGGACCGGCAGAGGAGGUGCGUCAAUUUGAUCGCAUCCGAGAACUUUGCUCCGCUUCCAGUGUUGGAAGCUGUUGGCUCGGUCAUGGUCAACAAGUACUCCGAGGGCUACCCAGGAGCCAGGUACUAUGGCGGAAACGAGUUCAUCGACAAGGCAGAGAGGCUUUGCCAACAGAGGGCCCUUUCAAGCUUCCGCCUGGAUGCCAAAGAGUGGGGCGUGAACGUUCAAUCGCUUAGUGGCUCACCUGCCAACUUCCAGGUGUUCACAGCUCUCUGCGAUGUGCACGACCGCAUCAUGGGCUUGGACUUGCCACAUGGUGGCCACCUGUCCCAUGGAUAUCAGACAGACACAAAGAAGAUCUCCAUGGUGUCAAAGUACUUCGAGUCCAUUCCCUACCGCCUGAACGAGGAGACAGGGCUCAUUGACUACGAGGAGUGCGAAAAGUUCGCCAUGCGAAUCCGUCCCAAGAUCCUCAUUGCGGGAACCAGCGCCUACUCGAGGCUGAUUGAUUAUGGUCGCAUGCGCCAGAUUGCAGACAAGGUUGGAGCAUACCUCUUGGCAGACAUGGCUCACAUUUCUGGCCUUGUGGCCGGAGCUGCCAUUCCAUCUCCUUUCGAGUAUGCUGAUGUCGUCACCACGACCACUCACAAGUCGCUGCGUGGACCCCGCGGAGCUAUGAUCUUCUACCGGAAGGGCCAGCGUGGAGUGGACAAGAAAGGAAACCCGAUCAUGUAUGACCUAGAGGAUCGGAUCAACGCGGCCGUCUUUCCUGGACUCCAGGGUGGCCCUCACAACCAGAGCAUCACAUCACUGGCCGUGGCACUGAAGCAGGCUAGCGAGCCUGAGUUCAAGACCUACAUCCAGCAAGUCAUGAAGAACUCUAAAGCUUUGGGCGAGUCCCUUCAGCGAUGCAACUUCAACUUGGUUUCCGGUGGCACUGACAACCACUUGGUGUUGAUUGACUUGCGGUCCAAGGGUGUCAACGGUUCAAAGGCUGAGGCAGUCUGUGAGAUGGCCUCCAUUGUCUUGAACAAGAACACCAUCCCAGGAGACAAGAGCGCCAUGAACCCCAACGGCCUUCGUGUGGGUGCUCCUGCCAUGACUUCAAGAGGAUUGAUGGAGGAUGAUUUCGUCAAGAUCGGUGAGUUCAUUGGCGGAGCAGUAGAUGUUGCAGCUGAGGUGCAGAAGCAGAGUGGUCCCAAGCUGGUGGACUUCAAGCGCGUGCUUGCAGAGAGUCCGCCCGGAAAGCUCCUGGAGUUGAAGGGCCAGGUGGAAGACUUUGCCAGUGAGUUGGCAUGUCGACCCAUGCUGGAUACGUAUUUUGCGCAGUGGGAGACGUCGAAAAUUCGGAGCACAGUGACACAAAAGGUGCAAGACAGGACCGUUUCGCCGGACGAGGCGAUGAAGGAGCGUAUUAAGGCAGGAAUCCCGAAGAUACAUUUCGUAGUUUCUUUGCUUGUAGGCUCUUGGUCUAGUAUUGGCUUCAAAGCCUCCGAGCCACUCGUGUUCUCGUAUCUGCAAGAACAUGUAAGGCAUAAACAUAUACAUAUAGUGGGUAAUAUAGUAAUGUAA